UCAUUUAAGGUCCGACCUUGCUCACGAGCCUAUUCACAUGAUUGGACUGAGUGUCCCUUUGUCCAUCCUGGGGAGAAUGCUAGGAGAAGGGACCCUAGGAAAUACCAUUACAGUUGUGUCCCUUGUCCCGAGUUUCGUAAGGGUGCUUGUAGGCGUGGUGAUAUGUGUGAGUAUGCUCAUGGCGUGUUUGAGUGUUGGCUACAUCCAGCACAAUACAGGACUAGGCUUUGCAAAGAUGGCACGAGCUGUAAUCGCCGGGUAUGCUUCUUUGCUCACACCCCUCAGGAACUCCGACCUCUAUAUGCAUCAACAGGUUCUGCUGUUCCUUCGCCUCGCUCUGUGGCUUCUGCUGCUGCUGUUAUGGACAUGGCUGCUGCCCUGAAUCUCUUUCCUGGUUCACCAUCUGCAGCGUCUGCCAUGUCUCCAUCACCAUUCACACCGCCACUCUCCCCUUCUGGAAAUGGGAUUCCUCACUCUUCGGCAGGUUGGCAGCAGCAGAACAUUCCUACCUUGCAUCUCCCAGGGUUCAACACUCAAGCCAACAAUAUGCAAACAAGCCGUCUGAGAUCAUCCUUGAAUGCAAGAGACAUCCACGCUGAGGAGUUGAGUAUGUUGCAUGAUUUAGAGCAACGGCGUAUGCUUAAUGAUAUGUCUUGCUUUUCACAGCCACAGUUUAACUCACCUAGAUCAAAGAUUAUGGCACCAUCAAACCUUGAUGAUCUUUUCUCAGCUGCUGAGAUCUCAUCUCCUUCACAGAAAUCUGCAGUUCUUAGCCAUUUUCAGCAGCAGCAGCAAAGCAUGUUAUCACCCAUAAAUACUAAAGCAUUCUCCCCUAAUCCAGUUGAUCAUACACGUGCAGGUUCGUUUGGGCCAUCUUCUCCUGGUAUAAUGUCUUCACCUCGGUUGUCUGCACUUGCCUUGCGUGACAAACAACAGCAGAUGCGCAGUCUAAGUGCACGUGAUCUUGGUUCUCAUUUGCCUCGAGAUCUCAUACCUGAGAAUGGUGGAAUGGUUGGUUCCCCUGUGAGUGUUGCUUCAUGGUCUAAUUGGGAAUCGCCCUCUAACAGAAGAGCUGAUUGGUCAGUUAAUGGUGAUGAGUUGAAUCGUUUGAAACGUUCAUAUACAUCCGGACAUAACGGCGAGGAGCCUGAUCUUUCUUGGGUUCAAUCAUUGGUCAAGGAUUCACCAUCUUCUGAUAUCAAAGAGGUGCAGAAUAAUACAGUACCUAGCUCAAUGCUUUACGCCGAUGGCUCAAAUUCUGACUCUCAGGUUGAAUCAGUAGAUCAUUCUGCUUUGGGGGCAUGGCUUGAUCAGAUUGCUGCACAGUAAUGCAGUUAAGUUGGAAAGGAUGUAUACUCAAAUAUUCAUUUUAUUCUUCCAGAUAAAUGAUCAGAAUUCUCAAGGCUGCAUUUAACAGUAGGAGGGAUCUGGUGAACAACUCAACAUUCAUCAAGAUUAUUUUUUCCAAUAUUAUUUCGAUAUUUAUUAUUAUUAUUAUUAUUAUUAUUAUUAUUACUACUACAAAAACAAAUUAUAUAAAAAAAGGAAUUUAUCUGGGUUAUUUGCAAAGAUAUAGCCCAUUUAGGUAA